AUGAAGCUCAUGAGACACGACACCACAAACGAUCCUACGCCGCUAUCAAGACUACCCAUCAUAAGACCACACAUCGCACGAUCUGCCCGCGUCGAUAAACUACUAGAAAGCCUCUCAGUCUCAGAUCCCACCAAAAACGCAGACGGCACCAAAAGAAUCCGACUAGCGACACAAACUAGGCGCGACGAGAGGCAGAAUGAGAUGUUGAAGCAAAACAAAAGCAUCACAGAGAGCGACUUCGCCGUCAGACUAGCAUGGUCUUGCUUCUCGUCCAACGAGAAAAAUCGAGUGGGUCGGGAGCGCAUGGGGAUGAUGAUAUCAGGCCUUGAGUGGGACGACCUUGCGAAUGAGAAGAAAGGCGUACCGAACAACUUGCCCGAGUGGAGGAAGACGAAUACAGGCCGGUUUGCCAAGGCAGAUUUGCCGUGUGAAUGA